AUGGUAACUGCACCUCUAAUCAACUCGGUGUGGGCCACAAAUGCACUUGCUCCGCUAAUCAAUCCGGACAUCUGUGAAAAAGAGGGCCCAUGCUCCUCAGCACCAGCUCUGGGCCAGUGGUGGGUGUUUCCUUUUGGUUGGUUUCCUCUGAAUCGGCCCGGUCCAGCGGAGUGCCUCCACCUGCUCUACUGCUGCAGCUCUCCGCUCAUUCUCUUCAAGUUUCUUGAGCGCAGCCCGAGGACGUUACCUGACUUCCUGGUUCACCUGGGCAUCACUGCGGUUGCCAUGGGAACCACAGCUCACCUGGUGAUGGACUCGGUGAUGCUGCGAUUGGUCCAGGCGGGAUAUGAGCUGCACCUGCCAGUCAGAGAGAACAGGGUCAUGAAAAUCCUCACAGCGCCAGGACUGGUUGAUAUUUUCGAGCUUCUGGGUUACUAUGACGACACAGUGGGUCAUGUGAUGUGGUCUGUCCCAUACUUCUUGGUGCUUUUCCUUUACUUUGGUGGAUGUUUCUGUCAUAAAAAACAACAGCAGAAAAUGCCCAGAGCUGCCUGGAUCCUCAUGCUGCCAAACGCACUCUACAUCUGGUUUGUGGUGACUGAGAGGCAGACCUUCAUCCUUUUCCUCUUCACGUGUUUUGCCAUGGUUGCUACAGUGAUGCAACAGAGGAGGCGGGGCUUCGUCACUAACGGCAACGGCCUCUUCAUGAUCCUCAGUUUCUCCAUUGCCCUGUUGCUUGUUAUUCCCUGGUCGUCCUGUUGGUGGCAUGAUGAGGUUCUGAGGAGGAAACACAGAGGUCUGCUGUUCAUCCCUCAGCCCAGAACUGUCUUCAGCCUCCACUUUCAGAAACUCAUGUUCUGA